AUCAGUCUGAAGAGCAGCUCCACUGGAGGACACGCACUGUGCAUCAUCUCCCUCAACCGUCCGUGUGUGUGUGGUUCUUGGAAUAACAAACAUUCCCUAAAGAAACUCAGGAGCGGAUAACCAGCAGCAUAGAAGUGAUGGAUGAAAGAAUACCGCAUUUACAGGACAGGCAGUUCAUGGAGCAUGCAGAUUUCUUGGGGGUGGAUUACCCCUCUCUCUACAUGUGCAAAUCCAAAAGAGGAAUAAAACGAGAGGACGGUGGGAAGCAGGACGCAUACAAGUUACCACACCGGUUGAUAGAGAAGAAGAGGAGAGACAGAAUCAACGAAUGUAUUGGCCAGCUGAAGGAUUUGUUACCCGAACAUCUGAAGCUGUCGACGCUCGGGCAUUUGGAGAAAGCAGUUGUCCUGGAGUUAACGUUGAAACAUUUAAACGCUCUGACUGCUGUCACUGAGCAGCAGCACCAGAAGAUUAUUGCUCUGCAGAAUGGGGACCGGUCGACGAAAUCUUCCAUUCAUGCAGAUCUGGAUGCGUUCCACUCCGGGUUCCAGGCAUGUGCCAAAGAAGUCCUGCAGUACCUGAGUCAGUUUGAGAACUGGACGGCACGAGAGCAGCGGUGCGCGCAGCUAAUCAACCACCUUCACAAGGUGUUGGCGCAGUUCCAGCCCGGAGCACCGCCUCUCCAGCACCAGCUUCCCGCCGGGGACGCACAUGAUGGGCAGAAAGCCGACAGCCAAGCUAACUGUGUCCCAGUCAUCCAGAGGACCCACGGCGGGGAGCUUAACGAGAAUGACACAGACACGGACAGUGGAUACGGGGGCGAGGCUGAAAAGAGCGAUGGCAAAGAUAAAGAAUGUGAGCGCAAUACGGCGCAGGGACCCAAGGCAGUGAAGAUCAAGCAAGAGUUUGGAGAUGAUCGCGCAGCCAAGAAACCAAAGAUGAACUGGCCUGGGAACGGGUUGGGGGGCACAGACCCCGCCAGACCCGACCUGGCGUUUAUGAACUCUCUGAUGGGAAUAAGCAGUGUGGGACAGCAGACUCCUAUUUGCAUGCCUUUCUACUUCAUCAACCCCUCAGCCGCGGCGUCUUACAUGCCUUUUUUCGACAAAAGCAACAUUGAAAAGUACAUGUACCCAGCAGCGGCCGCUCUUGCAACCCCUUUCCCCUGGCUAUACCCCGCACACGCGUCAGCGGCGGCGGCCGCAGCUGCUGCUGCAGCCGCUUUCCCCGGCUUAUCUGUGCACUUUGGAGCCUCUUCUCAGUCCAAUGACUCCCACAGUCCAGACAGCGACGAGUCACACGAGGCUGACAUAGGUUCACCAGAUGAGCACGAGGAAAGUCCCGCCAGUGACGACGGGGAGGAUGACGUAGCUGAUGCGUCCCAGGAGAGCAAGAAUAGCCCACACGAUCAGUUUUCUGCUUGUCAAACGAGCUAAUUUGUAUGUGUUACCUUUCCUGCUGAGGAGUUUCAUUUUGUUUUUUAAUUAGGCUAGUUUUAAAACGAGGUUUCACAGAAGAGUUUCUCAUGUAUCUUGGCGAAACAGGGGACAGUUGUGACGGCGUGUGCCUUUUGCACUUAUGCUAGAUUAAUCAAUAUAAAUGAUUAUCGACAAUGAUUGACAUUAAUAUACGGCUGUGUUGUGCUGGAGUUAGUUUUGUAUCCUCUUUGAUAAAAUAUUUUGAAGUGGCAGCAUUGGUGCCAAAACUUUGAGUACUACAACAGUGCGCAAGAUCCCAACCAGCGAGUCUCUUGGGAUGUAUACAGUUGCAACUGACCUCUGCCAAGGUUAUUAAGAGCCUUGCUGACUAUGACUGUAAAUAUUAUUACCUGGAAGACAGUCUGGUUUAUUAACAUGUAAAUGGGCCUAUAAAAGAAGUGCUCCCGGAAGUGUAACGCCCAAUGUACCUCAUCCCCAAUUUUGUAUGGGGUAGGCUGAGUGGGAGGUACUUCACUGUCCCUCCUUCCAACACACACCCCAUCUCCAUCGUUACAUACAAAAAACAGCUACUUUACACAUAAUAAUAACAAAUUCUGAAAUUAUGGGAAAGGUAUUAUGCCUGGCCUCAUUUUUUUUACAGAUCUGAGUUUGCUUUGGUUUCCUUUACUUGUUUGUUUUGUGAGUAAAGAAAAAACAAUCACUGAAAUCGUUCAGAAUAAUGGAAAGAAGAAACCCUUAAUUCACAAGGGGCUGCUUGACCAGCAUAUUGUAUGUCCCCCGAAUGAAGCUUUUCAGCACUGAGAUACAGUGACCUCCUGUACCUCCAGGAAACAUUGUAGGAUAGCACCUUAUAGAUCUUUGAUAUUGAAUGUACCUGUAUUUUCCCAGCUGUUAAAGUUUGUAUGUAGAAUGAUCUUAAAUCUUUGAGAUGUAAAAUGCACCUUUUUCUGCUUUUACUCCACCCAAACAGUCACCUCAUCAUUUUGAAAGUCGAUCACUGUAGUUCUCUCAGAACCUUUUUAUUGUGUUGAGUUGUCUUGAAAUAAAAAAAUAUAUCAUUUCAUUUCAAAAGAGAGAGCAGAGAUACCUCAUGCUUUGUGAUGAUUUCAUGCAGUAAAGUGGUCAUAAGUCAUUCACCAGGUUUGACAAAACAAUGCUUAUUUCUUAAAGGCAAACUGAUUCAAAUCAAAAUCAGAUUUGUAAACCCUGUAAACCCCCACGACACCCCACACUAUCCCAGAUUAAGUGUUAUAUGCUAUCAUUAUGUAAAACCUUGCUUUUCAAAUAUUUGACAAAGGUGGGAAAGAAGCUGUGGUCAUGUGACCAUCACUUAUGAAAAUAGCUGUUUUAGGAACUUUAACUUUAUCUUGGCCUGUUUUCUAAGAGAUUAAUUCCUGCAAGUGUAGUGUUGUUCCUGCUUUUUUAAGUUUCACACGUGACUGAAUAAACAGAUUUUCAUUGUAUUUUGCAUACAUGACAUUGCUUUUGUAGUUUACUUCAGCUGGUUUUGCCUCAAAAUCUGUUAUAAACUGUUAUAUAAAGUGGCAUGUGUGUCUGUAAAUAGUUUUUUGUGAAUAUACCAUAAAGUAUACAUGUCUAUGUCAAUGUUGUAGAAGUCUAUGGAUUUUUUUAAAGAUUUAACUGAGCAACUGUUGCACAUUUCGUUAACGCUUUACACAUAUGCUGUUCUAAAUUAUUGCUGAUGAAUUGUAAAAUAAACAUCAAAACUAAA